AUGAACACGGGAAGCUUUGGCCUUUUUCUUGGGACUUGCGGCCAUGGGGGUUUUCAGCGUUCAGCCGUUCAGGCUUCGGACCCCCAUGGUCUUUACGGCGACCAGGGCGCCGUCUCUGCUUUACCUGGUAGCGGCGUUUGUUGCCGCUCUUUUUCUCAGGGCUAUUCCGUGCGAUGGCUUGCGGUGGACCUGACGUCAGCCGGAUACUACGACCGCUCCAACAAACGAACUAUUGACUGGACGGCACAUAAACUGACCCUCGCUGCGCCAGGCACCAUCCCCGCGGGCCACGUUUGGUCGACAUCUUUUGCUGCAUGGCAGGACAGACCCGGUACUCCCGGCGUCCUUGUUGGCGUACAGAACCACAGAGAAAUGAUUAACGCGCUGUACUCGUCGGCAGAGUACCUGAACCCAGUAGUAAUCAACGGCAAAAGCGGAGGGUCCUUGAUGUUUUCCUUCCCAAAUCAGAUUAGUUAUCGAAGCGGUUUCUCUUUGAAGGUCGGCGUCUUUCAGUAUGAUGCCAUGCCAGGAGCAACUAUUGGCGGAGUCAAUCUCGUGGCCGAGCGCUAUGAGUUUAGAGUGAAUGAAAAAUUGCCGGUGGCAGAUGUCGUAGCGGAUGGCACGAUCCCUGCAACGUUUGCAGUUCAGUGGGCAACGAGUAACGAGGCACCUCUAGCCUUGGUGCUGACACCGGAGUCAGUACCAGACGGCACUGACCGCGAGAGCCUGGUCGCAGUUGAAGAUUGUAGAGCAGCAGCAACAUACGAACUUCACAGAUUCGACAUCACUCACGCAUUUACUGUUCAGCGAAUCAACGGAGGGCCCAACUGCUUCAGGCAAUCGGCGAGCGUUCCCAGUGCGCUUACCGAACCGUGCAAACUGGCAUGCAAGGCCCUUUGGAAUGCCAAGUCGAACGAGUUCUGGGGCUGUCAAGACGUGAACGACUGCUUCGAGAAUGCAUUCCGGUCGGAUGAGACAAUAAAAGCACUUCCCGAAGUUGACGCGAGCAUUGCAAAAGGGAUUGUAACAUCUUGCAUCUUCGAGACACGGAGUGCGGAUCUGAAACAGCAGUACGAGCACUCGGUGAACCUGAACGUGGACGAGAUUGUUGCUGGAACCACCUGGAGUACGUCAUCUCAUUGUGGAGGCGAGAAGCUGGAGGCGCAGAUUGUCGGUGCUUUUUAUGCGAAAGAGGGUGUCUCGAUUUUAACAGCUUCACCAUGCGAAGUUCAGGACGUUAGCAAGGACACAGAGAAGCUCUGUGCAGAACAAAGCGGAGUCGGAUGCUCUAUGAGUAGUGCACAAAUCGAUCAACUCACGCAGACAUAUCAGGGCCUCUGCUUCGCCCCAGAGGAUGCCACAUUGCACAUUUUCUUCAACUGCACCUAUGAUGCGACUGCGCCUUUUGACUGCGAGCUCUACGAGUCCGGCGGAUUCGAUUCAGAAAGCGGUGCCUGCAUGUGUCCAAAGGCCCUGACCCCGUGCUCCCUGGAGGAGGGCAGCUUCAGGAGCAGCUGGUUACAGAACCUUAAUCGGUCGUACCAGUAUACGCUGCGGGAUCAUAUCCGCUACAUGCCCAAACAUUCAGUUUUUCAAGCUUACGAUGCAAUGAAUGCAGGAGGCCAGUCGCUUUGUGCUGCGACGAACACUAUUGCUGUGUGCAAGAAUCCCACGCCAGCGGCCGCACUCAAACUCUCGGAUUGCCAAAGCGAGUUUGAGCGCUUCUGGCUCAGCUUCAAUUUCCCUGCAAUUCCUUCUCUGACGAGCUCGAGUUUUCUCGAUCAGCUUGAUUACUGUCGCUUUGCUACUCGGCCGGCAACAGCUCCUCUGCAGCAAUAUGAGGAUGAGAUCGAUGUGUAUCUCCCGGACUUCGGAACCGUAUUGAUUCGGCUCGUCUGUGACAGCCUGUACGUCCCCGAGGUGGUCCAAGCGUUGAUCGGGCCAGCCUCGACCCUUUUAUCGAGCGUGCAUGAGCCAGGUUGCCGCUACGAAGACGUCACAGAGACAGUUCGGAAAGCGUGUCAGAACGACUGGUCGAGGGGCGCCACCACCUGUGCUAUUGACGUCUCCCUGUUCACGCCCAAAGAAAUUCUUUGCAGCACAUCUACCGUCAAACUCGUCGUCCGAGGCAAUUGCAUUCCAGGGCCAAGCCUGCCAACGGACUACACGUGUGUACCGUACCGCACCACGGGGACGGUCGCCCGUAACGGGAAAUCUUGUUCGUGUCCCAAUAGUGCAAAUCCUUGCACGCACGAAGAAGGCCGACUAACAGCUUCGACGUGGCAGAGCGAAUUCAAGAGUGGUGUAACUGUCAGUUUGGCCGACAGGGUUAUUUGGACAGCGCCUCCGGGGACUCGGGACUAUGCGUACACACAUACGGAUGCUCAGGACUAUGUCUGCUCUGCCAAUGAGCACCAUUUUGUUCUUUGCAAAGAUCCGCACUGCCUUCGGGGAUUUUCUUCACAGCCAGCUGCCACGACAGUAGACGACCGGGAUUGCCAAGAUGCGUGCGCCAGUCUGUUCGCCACAAGUUGUGCGCAGGCGAAAAAUAGAUGGUUGUGCGUGGCCCAAGCAUUACCCAAGUGCUACAUCCCCAACACAGACUCUUUCACGUGCCAAGUCGACACGAAUCCCUCUGUGUAUAGCACAUCAUACGGCGCAUGCAGCUGCUCUGGGACUUACUCGCCCUGUUCGGCCGAGGAAGCCGAAGUGACAAAGCACGACUGGUUGACAGCCUUCACUGCUCUAAGCGGUAGAAAGGGAGUCGUGGUGGCUAGAGGGAAGCAGGCGCUUUGGAUUGGAAACCCCGAUAAGUGGCGAUACGAAAAUGGAAUGAACCAGGGAAGUGGUUGCUUGAACAACCCUUGGUUCGUUGGAGUGUUUUGUGGAGCGCGUCUGUCAGUCACACCACCCGCUAGAGGAGAUGCUUUGCCCGUCUGUGCGGGGGCAGCAAUGACCGCGGACCCCGGCAGCCCACACCCUCUGUGUCGAGUCACCUGCUCGAAACUCUUGGAGGAAUGCAAGAAACUCUUGUCUAGCGACGGUGGAGAAUCCUCCUACCCUUCAGUGUUUGGCUGCUUCACGGACCGCGCAAAAGGCACUGUCCUCGACAGAUGCACUUACGAUCUAGGCACUGAAGACCGCGAACCAGGAGCUGCUGAGUUGCACACCGGCUGGACUGUCGCGACGGCGUCGUGGUCGCGCGUUCUUUUCGGCGUAGAGUUCACUGAACCGCCUGUUGUCUUCCUGGGAGUCGCCAGAAACACCCAACCGUUCUACAAUCCGGUUGUGCGAUCUGUGACAAAAACCAGCUUUGAGGUGAAACUGUACAGAGACAACUGCGGCUCUGCUGACACACGAAGCACCAGCGCACCCGUAUCCUGGAUGGCAAUUCCGGAAGGUGUCUAUGUGACGGAGUAUGUGGAGAAUCCCAUUCGCGUUGUGAGCCUGCCGUUGACAACGCGUUCGCCGACGGUUCUGACUGUAUCCCUUAGCGGCGUAAAAGCACCUGAGGAGGUUGUGGCCCUCGCCCAACUCCAGGAUGUCAGUCCCAACACUGUUUCCACAGGCCGGAUCGCAGUUGCGAUCUCCAACCUCAAGUCCAACUCACUGGAACUCUCUCUCUUGAUGGACGAUUCAGUCUCCUUUUCCUCUGUCACCGUCGGCAUUCUCGUCUCGGGGAAGCAGCACCCGGACCUAGCAGCCGGAUUAUAUCCCGUUCUCAAUCGAAGCUACCUGGAGACGUUUCGCAUUCCUGGAGACAAGUACGCAGCGACAAGUAUUCUCGGAGAAGGCCUGUUUUUCGCCGGGAAGUAUAUGCCCCACGUUUUCGCCUCGGUGAUCCACACAAGAAGCAGGGAUCAACAGUUAGAGGAGAGCGACCAGGUAGUGAUCUCCAGGAGAGCAACGACGACGGCCUUCACGUGGUCAGCCCUUUUGUGGAACAAGACUUGCCAGACGAAGCGGCUGUUUGAAGCAGUUCAGGACGCCACCGGUCUGCUCAUAGCCGGGCUUUACCUAGAAUCACGCACACCAGAACCAUCUGCAAUACUCGCAAACAGGCAGGACAUUUGCCUUGCCUUUAUAGGACAAAACUACGAGAACGGGCUGGUGAGGGCGUGCACGGAUGCAUGUAGGAAUGCACUCCCGAGCUCCUUGGACCAACACUGUGUACAUGAAUGCCGCUCGAGCAUCUUCGCUCCUGGCGUCAACGAGGCAUGUAUGACGGACUGCGCAAGGAAGGUGGAGGCGCAGUUCGAAGACUGUGCUGGCCAGUGUUCCAUCGAGAGCACCGAAUCAUGUCACAGGAAGUGCAAGGAGUUCCUUGGAAAUAAAUGCGAGGGUGUCUCUUUAGCGGACGUGGAAGCUUGUUUGGAAUACAGCACCCCUGUCGCAUUCUUCGAAGAAUGCAUUCUAGUCAUCACGUACAGCUCCAAGGAGGGGACAGUCUCGGAAGGGUUCGAAAGCGAGACAGAGACGGUACCAGACCAAACGUAUGACGACUGCGUCGUGGUGGAUAUGCAGGACCCGCGUUUCGCGACCUCUGUAGGAUGGGAUUCCCGAGUGGCGUCGUGCAAGUGCCCGAACGGCUACCGCGCAUGCACGUCUGAGACAGUCAACGCUCAGAGGCACUGGCGAACGAAUCUGCGUCUUCCUGGGGGUUUAUGCGAAGCGCAGCCGAACGGCGCCUUCAACCCUGUGACACAGCACUUGUGGUCCACCACUGACGAUUUGUGCGCCUUGGCGGCCGACGCGACAGAACCUGCCAUUACCUGGUCCAGCAACAGAUUGCCUGCCUACGCUGACCAAGACAUAAAUCUCGGCACUUCCAUCGCCCGCGGUGGCGAGUACCAAUGCAGCAAGAAGUGGCAUUACAUAUUCUGUCCAGCCCAGGCCACGUCAACGACAACGCAGGCUCCGCCGCCGGCCGACUUCACUACGACUCUGGAGACGGCGAUCGUCGGGGAAUGGGGUGAAUGGUCCGCAUGUACGGGCACAUGCAGGUCCCAGGGGUGGACUCCGAAGCGAACGAGAACUCGUGUGGUUUUGACCGAACUGCCGGAGUCGAAAAUUCCGAGUCUGUCGGAAACGGGGGCGUGUUUCGACCUCCCAGAAUGCAACACUGUCUGCUGGGACCGGGAGUGGACCGAGUGGAGCGAUUGCAAACUAUUCACCACCGUCAUGGGGCAGGGGCUCGAGUACUACCGGCAACAAAUCAGACCCAUUUUUGACUUUGUUGAAGAUGCCUGUGGAGCUGAGGAGCGUGUGCGAUUCGCAAAAUGCGGCGACGCCAACGACAGCGUGGAGCAGCGCGACUCUCGUAUCACUAGGCGAACAGUCUCCACACAGGUUGAGAGAACACAGAAACGAAGGGGAUUCAUGCAAUGGCAACGCUCUGUCACUCGAUCGGGAGGCCUCGAGGAAGACAGCGACGCACAACGAGGCCGGAGGGACGUAGACGAACAAGGUGGGGCGGCCAUACAGAGGGAGACCAGGAGACCCCAGGCAACCGGUAAACAGAGGAGUGGCGUCGAUAUCGCCUACACAGACGCAGAUGCGAGCACAAGCGCCCGAGCUGGCGACAUCUACGGAUCUGCCUCAAACCGUAGCAAUGUUGAGGCGACGUUCAACGGACCAGAAACGCCUGCCCAUGGAUGGGCGCAGAUAGGAAGUGCAAGUCGAAGUUCUGAGGCAGCGGCGGGAACUAGCCAGGACAGGGCUGCGGGGGCGGGCGCAGACCUGCUGCGGACGCAGCUAAGCACAGGUGUAACUGUGGACGCCGGAAACCUGUCGGGAGUCCAGGACCACGACAGAGCGUGUUCGACCGUGUCCGAGUGGUCAGGCUGCGAUUCGCCCUGCCUGCCUCACAAGGGCGCGACACCGCGCCGGUAUCAGCUUGCCCUUCCUGGACAGAAUCAGGCACAUUACUGCACGGUGCAACAUGUCGGUCAUGAACACCUUUGUACGAACUUGCCGGUCUGUGCUCACCCAACCUUCGACUGUUCCAAGGUGACCGCCUCACGUAUGACAGACGAAGACAUGGCAGCAUGCAAAACGGUGUGUGAAGAGGUCUUGGCAGUGUGCGACUCCAUGAUGAACGUGCCGUUCGCGCUGUACACCUCCCUUGAACAGUGUGCUUUGGUUCACUUUGACGAGUACGAGCAAUAUCCGGGGCAAUGCCACAUACCGUCAGAAUUUACAUCGAACUCCCCAGGGGCAGAAGAAGCCUUUUUUAACAGCACGCACCCUAACCAGACGGCGGAUGCCACCUCGUACUUCGCCGUACGGGGCCUCGGCCGUAUGCACUGCCCUGUGCCCAUGUACAAGUCAUCGGUCCAGGUGAAAAGUGUUCUGACGCCGAAACGCGUCACCUUCUCUGAGUUUAAGACAAAGCAAGAACUCAACGAGUUCUGCCACAAGGGUCUCAGCACCUGGAGAGCCAACACACCGGACGAGCUUCUUGGGAGUGUGAAUAUCCCCAACUGUGAGCUGGUAACGCAGCGUCGAGAUGUGGAGUCACAUGCAGAUUGCAAAUUGCUUUGCUCCAAGAUAAUGAGCUCCUGUUCGGCGGCGAGUUUGUCUUUCGUCGAAAUGUCUCAGUGUAUCAAGGACAAGCUGAAUCAAAGCAACUUCUAUUCAAACUGCUCUACACCGGAAGUUCUGGCUCCUGGAGAGGGCCUGAUUCUGUGCAAAAAAAAGGUGUCUACCUGCGACUACACCGAGUGGUCCGAAUGGUCAACCUGCACCGCCACCUGCUUUGACUGGGACGCGGGAUCCGUGCCACUGCGUGUCCGGGCUCGGGAGUUGGAAUCGAGUUCACCGGAGACCAGGACAUCCUGCCGUGUCGACAGCGAAAAUGAUCUGGUUGAGACCGAGAAAUGCACGUGGAUGCCGACGUGCCCUGAUGCCGAGGGCGAGGAUAUGCCGGAUGUUUUAGAACCCAGAAAGGAGCCCACUGUCGGGCCUUGGUCGCCAGAGAGGCAUUUGGACGACAACAAUCAGGCGAUGGGCAGCGACGAACUGGUGCAGGGUGUAGUCAAAUGCUAUCUCACCGAUAUGAGCACACUGAUUAAUUCGGGCUCUCGAGGAUACAAUGCACAGUAUCGGACCUGCAAUUGUCCCAGCGGCCGGCGGCCGUGCAGCCGCGCGGAGGCGCUUGCUUCUCUCGAUUACUGGACAAAGGAAACAGAAGCCCUUUGCCAGCGCGGCAUGACAACGGUGAUUGCUGUGGCGCACAGCCAAGCAUUUUCCUGUGUGACCAGAAGCUUCGAGGAACUGGAUAUCUCGUGGACCGACUCAGCGUGCACCUCGUCCCAGUAUGAAUACGUGUUGUGUGAAGGCGUUCCUUAUGAGGGGAUAACGACGCUGACGACUUGGUUGAUAUGCGUGCUCCUGGGCAUGGGCGGAGGCGUGUGUUUCGUCCUCUUCUGCCUUCAGUACAGCAGUGACCUCCAGAAGCUGGUAGGUUUGGCCGGGAGCUAUCCCGUCCUUGUUCAGAAUGUCACUGAGCUGCAAGCUCGAGAGAACCACAUCCUCCGGCGCCAGGUGGCCAUCGCCUCACACGAGGACCUUUCCGAACCGGAUUCGCCGUGGCACUCAGGCACUGCCUGGACUGGGGACGUCGCCCUCCCAGGACGCUCUGCAUUCCUCGAUGAUCCUUGGCGAUCUGAGGAAGGCGCUGAACCGUUGCUCGGCAUAGGCAACAGCGCCGUGCUGAGUCCCCGCCACGCGGAGUGCUCCGGGGCAAGUCAGGCACCUGCAAUGAAUCGCAUACGAACCCCUCGAGCCUCUAUAGUUGCGAGACGAAGCACAGAACGCAGACUGGCCGAACUCGGAAGCGAGAGAGAGUGA